UUUACUAAACUCCGCAUAACCAGUAAAAAAUAGUUACAAUUUAGUACCCCUCGAUAUUAUUACAUCAAAUUAUUAGUAAUUUAUGAUAAGAAAAAAAUUUAAUAUUUUGUAGAUUAAUGAUUAAAUAUUUACGACGAUAAUUCGUGUUUUAAUUUUUUUUUUUUGUGAAUUAAAUAAAUUUUUAAUUUAUAAACAACAAUGCGAUCGCUAAAAAUAAGUUUGUGGUUCAUUGCCAUCAUAUGUACUUUGAGCAUAGGAUUUGUUGUAGCUGAAGAUGACGAAAUUACCUUAUCGAAAUUUGGAUCUAAAGCUGGUCCUACAAUUAAAUUUUUGUAUUGCUAUUCUUGUGGUUACAAACGAGUAUAUGAAGAAUAUGUUAAUAUUUUAAGACAAAAAUACCCAGAGCUUCAUAUUCAUGGUCAAAAUUAUGAUCCACCAGGUUAUAAUAUGUUUAUGGCUAAAUUUUUGGGAUUUGCUAAAAUUUUAAUUAUUUUAUUAAUAAUUAGUGGUAUUAAUAUUGCUCAAUGGUUAGGGCAACCUCCACUAUUUUGGUGGGACUGGUGUCUUAAUAACAAAUUGUAUGCCUGUAUUAUGAUAUUUUUCAUUUGUAAUGCAAUUGAAGGCCAGUUAAUAUCCUCCGGAGCAUUUGAAAUUCAUUUCAAUGAUGUCCCAGUUUGGUCAAAACUUGAAACAGGUCGAGUACCACAACCUCCGGAAUUAUUUCAAAUAAUUGAUAACCAACUUCAAAUGCUAUUCCCAGAAAGAGAUUCUCUUGAUAUGUCCUUUAACAAAUAAUUUACUUUAUUUUAAAAUAAAAAUACUGAUUAUAAUAA